UCAUACAAAAUCUCCAGUCCCGUUCCAAUGAAUUUCCAUUAAAUUUCCCUCGCAUAUAUCGGAUGGCCGCAUCGUGGCGCUCCGAUUCGCCGAAUCGUGACAGGCCGCUAUUCAACGUCAUUUGCAGCGUUGCCUGCGCGUCCAGGUACAUUGGAAACAUAGUCAAGGAAGUGCCUUUUUAUAAAGGAUAAAAUCCGAUUUACGCAUAUACCGGAUAUAAAUCCGAUAUAUGCGUAAAACGGACAUUUUCCGGUAUACGCAUAUAACGUAAUUUCACUUAUAUCGGACAAAACCAGUGGGAACAAUUGAAUCCGAUAUAUCCGAGGUUUACUGUAUUACUAAAAACUGCAAGUCGUGUUACGACAUUUUCUAUACCGCUUAUCGUCAUUAGGGUCACGGGGGUAAGCUGGAGCCUAUCCCAGCUGACUUCAGGCGAGAGGCGGGGUACACCCGGGACUUGUCAGCAACCUAUGAACAAUUAACUUAAUUAAUUAGAGCCUACAUUGAACCUAACAUGCAUGUUUUUGGACGUUACAUGAAGAAAAGUCACGCACAGCUGGUGUUAUAAUGUUGGAGGAGUUAAACUAAAGAGUUUUUCUUACGUCGUGGAGGUAGAUGUGAAAGUUUGGUUGAAGAAUCAGGCACUAAUGGAAAAUCAGCAGAUGAGCACACAGUAAUAACUACAAUGUUCAAAAUCAAUAGGUUAUAAGUGUAAGAAGCUUUAUCACUUACCUUGGGGUCGUGGCGGGGGUUCAGGAUUUAGCAUCUCAUAAACUAUGGAAAUAAAAAGGAGCGAGUCAUUUACCGUAUAAUCGUUUGAGAUCUUGGAGAUGUUAAGUUUCACCACCUGUGUUUUGCACAUUAGCCUGUCCAUGGAUAUCUACUGGAGUAAUGUUCGAUGCUAUGGAGGAGUCCUCGUUCACUAGGGCGAUAGAAGACAGUGAUCACUAUGACAUGAAAAGGCUGAGAAGCGAGGGUGGAGGAACCGAAACUGACCUAACGAGCCAAAUUUGGCCAUUGCAGAUUUGCAAAUCUCCUUUACUGACUCUUGUAGUUCUUUUAAGGCUGACCGUAGAGAUGUUGCCACCGCUUCCUCCUUGCUCAGUAUUGACCCUCCUGUGAUGGCACUUGUUGGAGCCGCCUGCUCCAUGGUGAAGAAAUUCUAAAAGAAAAAAAAACACCACAACGAUAUUUAUUUGCAAAAUGUAAUUCAAAUCCUUCUUCUUUGACAUUCCGCUACCUUUAGGAAGCAGAUGUGAUCCUGCAUAUCUGCCAGCCUACUCAGCUCCUCUCCCUUCCAGCGGAGUUGGACCGCCUCCUGCUCCAGUCGGUGGAUCUGGCCUUCAAUUUGGCUGCCUAAAGACCUUUCAUGGGUGUUAAGAAGCUCACCAAUUUGAGUGCCAGUGAGAGCGAUGAGGCUGGAUGCCUCAGAAAACAAAUCAAGCCUCUCUUGCUGCAGAGCCUGGACCAAAGCCUGAAAAGAGAAGAAUGAUGGGAAGGUGUGAGCACGUGGUGUCCUUCAUGGCCACGCUGACAACACACCUCACACACACACUCCCUGUCGUCAUGGCAAAACAGAUCCAGAGGCCGGUUGUGCUGAGGACAAGGCCUGGGAGUCACAGCCGGAAGCUGAGGGUACAUGCCGCCAUCUUGUGGUCCCAUAUCUGGAAGAACUUCCAAGUAGACAGGUUCUGACGGCGGUGCAGAAGACACAGCUCUGGAGCCGCUUUGUUUGAGGCUGUUGGUCCUCAGCUUUUCCAUGGCUUCCACAAGAAGCAUGCUCUUGGCCAGUGAAGGUCGAGGAUUGAAGAGCUGCCGGCAUUGGGGGCAGCUGUACUGACCCUUGCUGUUGCCUCGGUCCCAGUGACUUUGGAUACAAGUCAAACAGUAAGAGUGUCCACAGGGUAGAGUUGCCGGGUCCUUCAGGGUCUCCAGGCAUACGGAACACACAAACGUCUCCUCCUCAGACCAUGCGGAAGCCGCCAUUGCAGUGCCGAGAUGGGGUCGGGCAGUCAGCUUUCCAAGGCGUCAGAACUCCAGAGUCCAGCGGUUCCCUCGGGGUUCAUUCGUAUGCUGCGGAGAAACUGAAGCAGAAUGUUUCGGGGCCCACAAAUGGUGAUUGGAUUAAUGCUGCGACUGACUGAGACCCAUACAAGUGCUAUUUCCAACCAUUCCUGUGCUAGAUGGCAUGUAAAUGAAUCAAAAUGUGAAGGCCUUCAUGGAAGGAGAGGUUGCUCCUUCCUGUCCACAGAGACUGUAUCCGGCCCAAGCAAACUUUAUGUAUUUAGUACUGACUGUGAAAAUCAAAAGACCCCAUUUCAUAGCUUCAAAUUCAAGGCUCCUGCAAAGUCCAAACUGUUGUAUUCUCGUAGGAAGCACACCAAAGUGGAGGAUUUUUCCCAGAACCCCAAAACUCUGCGCACACAUCAGGACUGUGUAUCUACCACAGCUGGCCUCCCACCCAGGAGAAGAGAUGGAGAGCUUUCACACUCGCAUUUUACCGGUCAAAGUUACUGCAGUAAUUUCAGCUACAGACAAAACUUUGACAGAUCUUUACAAUGGUUAAAAAACAUUCACAACAGGGCACAACCCUAUAGCCUCUCUUUUCACCGAACCAGAGCAGUUCAUGCAGCCUGGAGUGAUUGUCUAUCACUCGACAAUGAAAACAGGUGUCGACAACUCCUGGGACCCAAUUCGACAAUUUAUGAAGUAGACAAAGGGAGAAAAGUAAAAAAUCAGGGAAGAUGGGCGUCCAUUCUGGUGUCACUUUGCAGUGUAGCAGGUGAACCGGCUUUUAUCUUCACGCUGCGCUCCAGGACGCUCACGGGCAGGCACAAGGGAGACGUCAGCUUUGCGGGGGGCAAGAGCGAUCCCUCAGACAGCGAUGUGGUGGCCACUGCACUGAGGGAGGCACGGGAGGAGCUUGGUGUUGAUGUCUCUCCAGAAAGGGUGUGGGGUGUUCUCAAGCCCCUUAGGGACAUGUCGGGGAUGAUGGUCGCUCCUGUGCUGGCAAACAUAGGUCCUUUUGAGGAAUUGUCCUUCAAACCAAACCCUGAAGAGGUGGAAGAGAUUUUCACUAUGUCCUUGUCCCAUUUGUGCAACCCUCAAAACCGUGGCUACACUCACUUUCGCACCGGGGACAAGUACGGCUACACGUUACCGGUGUUCCGUAAUGGGAAGCAUCGAGUGUGGGGAUUGACUGCCGUUGCCUUAGAGCAGACGCUGAAGGUUCUUGUCCCGUCACACCUGCAGUGAAGGUUGCUUAUCACGUGACUGAAGAUUUUUGUAUUUGAAAAUGUGCAAUCAAACUUGAUGCAAUUACAGACAGAAUCAUGUGAGUACCACUCUCCUGGGCAUUUUGACAUAUAGAUAAAUAUUCUAAAAGCUAUAUGCGUGAUUUCAAGUGAACAAUUUUCAUUUUGAUCAAACUACUUUUAAUUUAGUGAAGUUGUUGUGAAUUGUUGCUUGAGCUCCUAGUGGUUAAGGAACUCAGUUAUUUAUUGAGAUGCUGUAUUGGUUGCUCAGUGAUGCAAAGCUAUUCAUUAUUACCGGCAUCACGUUUUUAGUUCGAUCCUGUGUGAACUCCUUUACACUGAAAGUACAUUAUCACGUCACAAUGUGGUGUGUUAAAGGACAAAUGCAUUAAAGAUAUGAAAAAGUUGAAA